AUGUUGGUGAAGCUCCUCACCAUCGUCUUCUUCUUCAGCCUACUCUCUCAAUUCCCAAAAUCCUUUUCCCAAAUUCUCAACUUCACUUACAAUGGCUUCCGUCCUCCACUGACUAACAUAUCCAUCCAAGGGAUCACCACCGUCACACCCAACGGUCUCUUGAUGCUAACCAACUCAACUCGUAUGAAAUCCGGUCACGCCUUCUAUACCAAACCAAUCCGGUUCAAAGAUUCUCCAAACGGCACCGUUUCUUCCUUCUCCACAACAUUUGUUUUCGCUAUUCACUCUCAGAUCCCGAUACUUAGUGGCCACGGCAUCGCCUUCGUCAUCGCUCCUAACGCAAGUCUCCCUUACGCACUGGCAAGCCAAUACAUAGGUCUCUUCAACAUCGCAAACAACGGUAAUAACACAAAUCAUGUGUUCGCAGUCGAACUGGAUACGAUCCGGAAUACAGAGUUCAAUGAUUUUGACGAUAACCAUGUCGGAAUCGAUAUCAAUAGCUUGGAAUCGGAGAAAAGCUCACCGGCUGGGUGGUGGGACAAGAAAGGCCAAUUCAAGAAUCUGACUCUGAUCAGUCGUAAGCGGAUACAGGUUUGGGUUGAUUACGAUGGGCGUACGCAUCAAAUCGAUGUAACGAUGGCUCCCUUCACAAAGGAUAAACCUAGAAAACCGCUUGUGUCUAUUGUCAGAGAUCUAUCUCCGGUUCUUUUGCAAGAUAUGUUUGUAGGUUUCUCGUCUGCGACUGGUUCUUAUGUGUCGGAACAUUUUGUUCUUGGGUGGAGUUUCCGGGUGAAGGGGGAAGCUCCGCCUUUGGCAUUAUCCAAACUUCCAAAACUUCCGAAAUGGGAGCCCAAGAAAAUCGACAUCUUUUACAAGAAUUGGAUGCCGACGGCUUCCAUAUUUUUUGUUCCCUUCUUGUUCAUUUCCUCGCUCAUCGUACUUGUGCGCUCAAUCUUGAGGAGGAGGAGAAAGUUCGCGGAGGAGCUCGAAGAUUGGGAAACAGAGUGCGGGAAGAACUGGCUGAAGUUCAAGGACUUAUACUUUGCCACCGAAGGGUUCAAGGAGAAGGAGGUUCUCGGCUCGGGAGGGUUUGGAAGCGUUUACAGAGGUGUCAUGCCCAAGACGAAGAAAGAGAUCGCCGUGAAAAGAGUCUCGAACAAAUCCCGGCAAGGGUUGAAAGAGUUCGUGUCUGAGAUCGUGAGUAUCGGUCGGAUGAGUUACCGGAACUUGGUUCCUCUUGUAGGCUAUUGCCGCCGAAAAGACGAGCUUCUUCUGGUGUAUGAUUACAUGCCCAAUGGAAGCUUAGACAAGUAUUUGUAUAAUAGUCCGGAGGAAACCCUCGACUGGAAACAGAGGAUUAAAGUCAUCAAAGGUGUGGCAUCUGCCUUAUUCUACCUCCACGAGGAAUGGGAACAAGUGGUGAUUCAUCGUGACGUCAAAGCCAGCAACGUCUUGUUAGACGCGGAGCACAAUGGGAGACUUGGUGAUUUUGGUUUAGCUCGGCUGUGCGGUCAUGGUACGGAUCCUCACACCACGCGCGUAGCUGGAACAUUUGGAUACCUAUCUCCCGAUCACAUCAGGACAGGAAAAGCCACGACCGCAACCGAUGUUUUUGCGUUCGGGGUGCUCCUACUAGAAGUAGCGUUCGGGGUGCUCCUACUAGAAGUAGCGUGCGGUAGGCGUCCUAUCCAGAUUCAGAACGAGACUGGUGUCUUGCUCAAAGAUUGGGUUUUUGAGUUAUGGAACGAGGGUAACAUCUUGGAUGCUAGGGAUCCGAAUCUUGGAACAGAGUAUGACCAAAGUGAGGUCGAAAUGGUUUUGAAGCUAGGUUUGCUGUGUUCUCACUCCAACCCUCAUGUUAGACCAACUAUGAGACAAGUGCUACAUUUUCUCAGGGGAGAUACAGUGCUACCAGAUUUGUCGCCAUUGGACUUUUGUGAGUUAGGCCUGUCAAGAAUCAACCACGGACUUAGUGAGUUAGGCAUGUCUACCAAUGGAUCUUCGAUUGUUGAUUCUAUAGUCUCCGGCGGGAGGUGA